GUCGCAGCCGACAGCGCGGUGAGUUUUAGUGAAGGAAAACUGACAGCUCGGAGAUGAACGGAAUCGCUCUGGCUCCUCUCGUGUCGAGCUCUCCGGGUGAGAACGAGUACCCGUCCGGCUUCCCGCAGAGCAUCUGUGAUGAGGUCCCGGCGCCCAAGUACCUGUGCAGCCACUGCGACUGCGUGCUGAACGGAGCGCACCAGAGCGCGUGCGGCCACCGUUACUGCCUCGCGUGCGUUCACUGGCUCAUCAGAAACAACAAAAAUCUUGUGUGUACAAAGUGUAAAGACGACCCAAACCUGCAAACCAACCACAGCCUGUUGACUCUCGACCAGUUCUUCAACGACGCAGCAAUCAAUAAAGAGAUUCUAGCGCUGAGAGUGCACUGCGCUAACAACGGCUGUACUUGGAAGAGCACGCUGAAGGACUUUGAGGAGCAUCAGAGUCAGUGUGAGUAUGCCUUAAUCCCCUGCAAUGUUGGCUGUGGCUUGAUGGUUUUGAGGAGGACUUUGGCUACUCACCUAGAGAAAGGCUGUCCCAAUAAUAAGAGCACAUGUCCUGCAUGUUCCUGCCCUCUGACCCCUUCGGAGCUCCAGAAGCAUGUGUGUUCCAGUGACAAGAAGGCUCCAAAAGUUGAGAAACGUCAAAAGGAUAAUAAGCAAGCAAAUUCGAAGAAAAAAGAAACCUGUCAAUUCACUGAAAUAGGAUGCACAUUUAAGGGAACCGUGGAGAAAGUGCGAGAGCAUGAAAACUGCAGUUCUGCACCCCACCUCCAGCUCCUCCUGGAGGCCCUCAGGGGCAUUCGGGUCUCUGUUCCUUCCCUACCUGGGAGGAGUGUGCACUUCCCAGGUCUGGACCUGCUCCUCCAUGGCCAGAGCUCAGCUUCAGUCUGUCCUGAGUCAGCUGGUGAGCUAGAGACCGACGGAGGGGAUGGAGGAGUGAUGAACGACAUGGCGCUCAGCCUUCACGAUGACCAGGCUGAGCUGGAAGUGGGUCAGCAGCUUCACGCUCUUCAGCAGAGGCUUCAGAUCAUGGAGAAUAUCAUCACAGCACUCAACCGUGAGGUGGAGAAAACCCAGCUUACAGUGGCAGCCUUGGACAGAGACUCCCAGAACAGCAUGCAGCUGGUGGAGCACUUGGAGAGUGUGGUUGCCGACCAGCAGCAGAGAAUGAUGAGGAAAGAUGCGCACAUCGCAUCCCUGCAGCAAAGCAUCAACGCGCAGCAUGACGUGUCCUAUGAUGGCACGUUUCUCUGGAAGAUCUCUAACGUCAGUCAGAAGCUAAGAGAGGCAGCCACAGGGCUAAAGAGCAGCCAGUACUCACCAGCCUUUUUUACGUCCAGGUAUGGAUUUAAAGUCUGCAUGCGGCUGUACAUGCAUGGCGACGGAGUCGGGAAAGGAACACACAUCUCUCUUUUCUUUGUGAUUAUGAAAGGAGAGUAUGACCCACUUCUCUCAUGGCCUUUCAAACACAAGGUCACUUUCUUGCUCAUUGACCAGAACCAAAGAGAGCACGUAAUCGACACGUUCCGCCCCGAUCUCUCGUCCAUGUCAUUCCAGCGGCCCGUCUCUGAGAUGAACGUGGCCAGCGGCUGCCCUCUCUUCUGCCCUCUGGCCAGGCUGCGCUCCCCGAAGCAUGCAUACUGUAAAGACGACACGCUAUUUAUCAAGUGUGUGGUGGACUCAUCCUGAAUGCUGAAUGAUGACAUAACUGAGGAAGAAGGGACUGAGGUCAGGUUGAGUGGACUGCUACUGCAGGAUAUCUCGCUCUGGGUGACAAAAUGUGCUCUGAAUCAUUCUUUUGCUGCUGUGCCUAGAACAUACUCAACAUUUUGCAGAUUAAUAACUGCAUUAGGCUGCAAUUACGGAUCAAAUAUUAUUAUCAUUAUUAUUAUUAUUUAUUGAGUUUUUAUUAUAUGUAUAUUAAGUUUGAUACGAACAGUUUAAGCCAAAAAGAUUUAUACAGAAAUAUAUUAAUCUUGAAUAAAAUAUCUUAAAAAAAUAUUAAAUUAAUAAUGAAUUAUUGUAUAAUGUAUAAAUGGAGUCACGUGUUUAAACAUUUUUUAAGGAGUUUUUUUUUUUUAUUAACACAACAUCCAUU